AUGUCCACCAGUACCCCAUACUUCCGCCCGGCGGCACAUGCCCAAGGCCUCGCCAACUACCCGCACGCACGCACCGUGGCCGGCCCCUCGGGCCACGGCGCCUACAUCUACGUGUCGGGCACAUCCUCGCGGCGCGGCGAUGGGAGCUUCGCGGGGGCCUCGCGCGGGACGGACGGGACUAUGACGUUUGACAUCCGGGCGCAGACGGAGGCGGUGCUGGCAAACAUUGACGCGAUUAUUCAGGGCGCGUCGGAGGGGCGAGCCAGCAUCCGUGAUGUGGUGGAUGCGACGGUGUUCUUGACGGACAUGAAGGGCGACUAUGCCGGGAUGAACGAGGAGUGGAAUCGAGUGUGGCCCGAUCGGGAGGCGGCGCCAGCGAGGACGACGGUCGAGGUGCGGGCUUUGCCGCGCGAGGAAAUUUUGGUUGAGAUUAAAUGUACGGUGUACUACGUAUGA